AAUCUAAAUAAUUAAUACGAAGUGGUGUUUUGUGGUUAAUGAUCGCAUUAAGUUAGUCGGAAGACAUUCGCGAGUGUUAUUAUAUUGGAGUAUUCAAUGAACAAAGUGUAUCUGCCUAUUUUCGCUUCGUGUCAGGAAGCCGCUUCAUAACUCAAAAGUUUAUGCGGACUUUUGAGUUAAUUCGUUUGGGGUUCGGAGUAGGAGUCUACUCCGAGGGUGGGGGCUUAGGUUUCAUCAUCAUCACCUUUCAUAAUUUCAUUAAUCAUCAAGAAAAAAAAUACGUCAGACAUGGCUGUAUGGGCAUAGUUCCCUUUGCCUUACCCUUCGGGGAAAACCAAAACAAAAAAAAAAUGGAUUGACAAGAUAUUUUUAAUAUUUUUGUGCUGAAUCUGGUUAAGCAUUGAUGUAGAAAAUGGAUGAAGUGCUUGAAAUAUUUGAGAAAACUCUCGUCGCAGAGACCCAGAAUGGAUCGAAAAGCAACUUUGUGGAACUGUAUAAGUAUGAUGGUACGUCGAAAUUUGACAACCAAGAACAGCGGCGAAAAGAACUUUUGGAAAUGCAGAAAACGAGCCGCCAAACCAAAUUGGACAAAUUUAGGGGUAUUUUAGAACUUGUGAAUGCUGUGGAAGAGCAAGAUUUAUUUCAUCAGAAGAAAAAAGUUUACUAUCGACCCAACAUAUAUGUAGCUGGGUUCAAUAAAACAUCACUUUCAUAUAGUAACGUACUUAUGAUGUCAGAAUGGAUGGUUGAGAAGCCCGAAGAUUUUAAUGAAAAUUGGUUUGUAGUGCCCUGCCCUAAAGGAGUAAGAAUGCUGGUGGUGGCCAAUCGGGGUGUAACAAAAUGUUACACAAAACAAGGCCAUUUCAGGUUUGAAAGGAGCACAGCCUUGCCUGGAGGUUUUUAUCACAGCACAAGAUCAAGUGACUGCUGUGUCCUGGACUGCUUCUAUAAUGAGAAGAUAAAUACAAUGUUUAUUCUAGACUUACUAGCAUGGAAAAACCAACCUAUGACUGAUGGAGAGACCGAAUUUCGUCAUUUCUGGUUGGUAUCACAAUUAGCAGAACUGCCGGGUAUAAAUGUUUUGAGUAAAAGAAAUCAGUUAAAUUUCAAAGUACUGCCAAAAGUACCUUGUGCACCAGAUUCUUUCAACAAGUUCAUGAUGUCAUACCCGGCGUUUACAAACAACUCGCCGCCAUUGGACGGGUUGUUGUUUUACCACAAGCGAGCGCCUUACUACGCCGGGUCGACACCCCUCGUCGGCUGGCUGUACCCUUACAUGGUUCCUGAAGUACUGGGAGCAGAUAUUAAAAUCAAUGAAUCUUUUGCCAAGGAAAAGCCGGAUUCGUAUGUGAAUCAGCAUGAUUUCAUUGAGAUCUUCGAAGCCAAAUACAAUAAGAAACACAACCGAAGCCGAAAGUCGUCAAACUCUAUGGAGAUGGGAGAGCCUGAUAAGAAAGAGGGUAAGCCGAAUAAGAAGACUCAUUCCAAACCAAAGAAGGGAGAGAAAGGGACAGAAGCAGAAACAAUGGAAGCCGAGGACCUUAUAGAAAUUAGCAAGGAAGAAGUAGAAGUUCUGGAUAAAAUGGAUACAAUAACGGAAGCAACCACUCCAGGCAAUCAAGGUAACUUCACCCCUAAAGCUGCACAAGAGAAAAGAGAAGAUAUUCCUGAGAACAUGGAUACAAUAAAUGGUAAAUCAGGACCGGUAGAUGAUAAAAAGAAGUAAUUUUGAAUUAUUAGAUUUGAUUUUUUAUGAAGAGAAAUUGAACACAAUGACUCCGAUUCCUGCAAACACGACGUAAUUUCAUUUUAAGUUUAACUUGUCAUUGUCUUAUCCGCCGAAAAGAAAAGGGACGAAUAAUUGACAACUGUUAACUUUAAAAGGAAUGAGUGAAUGAAUGAAUAACCCGGGCGAAAAAAUAGGCAUCUUGCUUAUAUGCAAUCCAAUGGACGUGUGUUGUUAACUCAAUUCUGUCGGGUUAUUGGGCAAUAUACAAUUUUGGAAGGGUAUUUAUUGUAAAUUUUAUGCCUGUCGAUUACCCGUCUCUUUCCUUUUUGGCGGAUAAGAAAUAGACAGCUAUAACUUAAAAUUAAAAUAGAUGGUGUGUACUGGAGUCAGCACCAAUAAUCAUAAUUUUAAUUCUAAAAGAUCUUAUAGAACAUUUUUUAGACUUUAUUGAUUAUUAAAAUACUUUUUAUAUAAACUUAAGGUGUUCUGAUUACUUGUGGCUCUGUACAUUAUAUUCUUGUUGAUUAGAUUCUCUUUCUAAUUAUUUAAUCCGUACGUAAUCUCUUUUUAUUAAAUCCGAUGUGGACAGUGACGUCACUGUCCACACGCAUGCGCCCUUGUGUGUGUAUGUUUGAGUAGAAACUGCCCUUAAACAAUAAUAUAAAAAUCCACAGGGAUUGACUACAAAGUAUACCUACAAUACUUAUUUAUUACAUUAACUAUUAAGAUAGUUUGCGUAAUUUUAAUACUUGUUAGUAUACUUCUUAUAUGUUUUUCUUUGAUAUUGGUACAAUGUACAGUAGUUUUUUGAUGGCUUCCAAAUUACACAUUUAAUAAGUAAUGAAGCUAGUCCUUCAUAAUGUUUUUACGUUUUUAUUUUUAAUUAUUACUUUUAAAUAAAUUCCGCUGUAGAUAGAAGAAAUUUAGGAAAAUAAUGAUCACUGACUUGUUUGUUAUUUUUUUUUUUAAUUUUUCGUUAGCAAUCUUGCAUGGGAACUUUGAUUAUAGUUUGAUUAUAACUAUAAUUAAUAUAAUUACUUUGCUUAGUAAAUGCAGAACCAAAAUAUCCAGAUAGCAUGUCACCUUAUGCCUUUAAUUGUUUAAAUUAUAAUUAAUAAUGAUCUCUUCACACAUAGUUUCUUCCACUUAAUUGUACUAGCGUAAGUAAUGUUUCAUAGGUAAGUUGCUACUACAUGUUAUUUGUGAUACUAGGUAUUUUAUUACUAUUUGUUUGUAAUAAUUAUAAUACAAAUAGUACAAAAAUAAAUGUUGAUUAUCAUAA